AUGGAUACCAGAAGUGAACUUACAAAGACGGACAAAAUGUUUACUGCUGAAAAUCUGCAAGAGAUUGUAAGGCUAUUUCGUGAGGCUGAUGCUAAUCGAGGUGGAGGAUUGGACAUUGAGGAAUUCUGUGAGACAAUGACGGAGUUAUUCCCUACUAUGGAUGAAGAAGAUCUCAUUGCCCUCCACAUGAAGAUUGACACAAAUGGAGAUGGAGGUGUGGACCUUGGGAAGUUAACAGACUACCUGGUGAAUAAAAACAAGGCAUCACAAAGCAUGGAUUUUAAAAAUCAAAGCUUUCCCAAACCUAUCAAAAUGAUAUCUGUGGAUCACCAUAAAGCGAUUGUUCGUCUGAUUCACCGUUCCUUCGAGAAUGACAUGGAACCUGAUCGUGGUUCAGAGGUUUUAUUAGGACAAACCAGCGCUUACCAAAAAGGGCAAUACCUCUCCAUCAGCUCAAAUGGUAUCCUCAACUUCUGGCCUGACAGCUUUGACACCCAAUACCCAGUUCAAAUAUACAAAAAGGAAAACAAACUUCCUUUUUCGCACAGCAAGAAAAUACAUGUUAAUGACAUGGUCUACAUCAGAGAACUCAAACACCUGGGUAUCUCCACUUCUGACAGGGAACUAAUAUUCUAUCGUUGCAAUGAAUUCCCUACAUUGUUUUCAACCAGCCACUCUUUAAUAGUAGAGGACAACAUAGUGAAUACCAUGAACUACUGGUCCAAUGGGACUAAAGCAGUGUUUUCCUUUGGCGAUGUAAAAGGUUUUUUGUCUGUGUUUAUCUCCUACAACAUACAUGAAAACGGCCUCUUCUUCAAAGAUGCGUACGAGAAAAUCUCCCUGCAGGAUUAUCCAACUGUUUAUGUUUCAACCCUGUUAAGAAACACCUCUAAAGACUUUCUAUGUGUGAAGGUCAACAUCUUCCAUGACAUUUGCAGUCAGAUCCAAUACUUUCCAUCACUUAGCUCAUUUGCCAUCUGCGGUAUUUCAUCCAAGACAAUGGUCCUCGCUUCUCUACCCAAGACAUCCAAAACCAAAUUGUCUACAAAAGUCUUUAAGAGCAGAGGACAUAUGGAGUUCUUCACCUGUGUAGAAUACUCCACUUCCUCUGGGUAUCUGGUGACCGGUGGGACGGACGCGCUACUGAGGGUGUGGUUUCCCCACAAAACACUGUCGUGCAUCCAGGAAUUAAAGGGACAUGUCAAACCCAUCACCCACAUAAUGUUAAAUCCCAAGGAAAAAGUUUUUGUCAGUUUAUCGCAGGACCACCAUGUACGCGUUUGGUCCGAGGAUGCAAUGAUCUGUUUGCAAAGCUUCAAGAUUAAAGAAAUGAUGCAGAGCCCUAUCUCCAGUGUGUGUUACAACACACACAACAAUGAGUUAGUCCUAGCUAACACAGAUAUUGGCAAAUAUCUUGGAAGAGGAACAGAUGUGUUUAAAGAUGCAUUAACAUCGCAUGACAAGAACCUGUGCUGUGCUCUCUAUCACAAUAUUUUUAAACAGGUUAUCUCUGUUUGCCAAAAUGGCAUGGUGACAGUGUGGGAUAUCUUAACAGGAACGGCCGUCAUGCAGUUCAAGGUCACUCCAGAUCAGCAUGUGGGGCACAUUGCUAUUUCAUUUGAUGGACUAAAGCGCAGACUGAUCACAAUUUCCCAGGAUGGAAAAGUUAAACUUUGGAACUUCAACAACGGAACAGAACUUGCCAUUCUUCCUGUUAUCGUACAAAGGGAGGUGACAGGUAUCGUCUGUGUAGACGAUAGGGUGUUUGUGUCAGGAAGGAACUCCAAGAUCAUUUAUGACCUGGACAUACACGGAUAUGACAACAGAUUUUUGAAGCAUGAUUAUUUAGAUGACAUUUCCUCAAUGGAUGCCCAUGAAAACACACUGGCUACUGCCUCCAGCAAUGGAAAUAUUGUUAUCUGGGAGGCCGACACUGGCGAGGUUCUCUACUGGCUCAAUGGCAGUAAGAGCCCUCGAACAAACAUGGCAGACAAAAAAACUCAAGGCCAGACAGGGAUUCUGCUUGGUGACAAGAGACCAAAGCAUGUCAGAGGCACUGGGAAUAGCCCUUUACGUAGUAAAUCUCUGAAUGGGAAUGAGACUGCUGUGAAUAACACACCUCUUAUCAAAUGUCUGAAGACCAGGGAGGUCAUUGUUGACACAGCCACACUGCUGACAUCUUCAGAUGGCAACAUGUAUGCCUGGUCUGUUAUUAGCAAGGGAGGUUUGAUUGGAAAGUUCAGGGCAGUGAAUGAUGAAGGAGCAGUCAUUACCACCAUGUCAACUGAUCCCAACGAACAGAUAUUACUGACCGGGGAUACUACUGGAAAGAUUUAUCAGUGGGACAUUCAGGCAUUUGGGUUUAAAAAACUGGUAAACAAUGGGCCAUUUGAGGAUAGAAAUGGGUGGCGCGUGUCAUUGUGUCCACCUCCUCUGUUGCGCUCCUGGCAAUCUCACAGCACAGGGGUGGUGAGUGUUCAGUGUAACCCAACUUGUGAAAAGUUAAUUACCGCAGGGAACUGCAAUGUCUGUCUGUGGGAAAACACAGGCACCUACAUAGGCCUCUUUGGGAAAGACCAAUGGGGUGCUUCGCAAAUCAGCCUUGAGGAGAAUGCUGACCAGGAGGAGACAGGCAGACCAGACACAGCGAAGACAAGCAACUUUCAAUUGGCAUGCCCUGAGUCUCCAACACCAUCACCACCAGAAUCACCGAUACCCAGCUUUAAAGACCUCUAUAACAGAAUAGAUGAGGUACUCAGACCUAAGAAGCCUAGAGCCAAACUAACAGAUGAUCAAAUGAAUUGCUUAUAUAGACGGAUGAUGAAGAUUAAACCAGGGCUUGACUUGAUAAAAAGCGAAAAUCAGUUUUUUAGUGAGGUCCACCAGGGGUCUAAAAAUACAUCAACAUCAUGUCCACCAAACACCGCGGCAACUACAGGUUGCACUAAUGACACAAACACCUUAGCAAACAUGCCGCAAUCUGAUGGUGCCGUCAAGCAGGGGACUGAACCCACUUCAAAACAAGUACAUUUCCCACCCAUCUCCGAGACAGUGCAGCUCACAGAAAGUCAAUUCAAGCCACACCCGCCCCUCAUCAGAGGUGGCACUGCCCUUAACCAUAGCUCUUCCGGGACUGCAUAUUUGGACCAGACUAUGCCCAAAUAUGGACGUGUGCUCAAGACUCAGCAGAGAGACACAUUAAAGGGCAGUGUCCUGGUACCAGUUCCACCAAACACCCUGCCAGGCGUGGAGGGGUCUAUGCAAACACAAGAGCAUUUACAUUUGACAUCCAUCCUUGACAAGGUGCAGCGCACACAUCAUCAGACAAAGACCUGUCAAAGAUUCAGCAGCGAGACACCUUAAAAGGCAUGUCCUUCCACUACGUCAGCAGAGAGACACCUUAAAAGGCAUGUCCUUCCACUAUGUCAACCAAACACACUGCCAGCUAUGAAGACCUUACCACACAUGCAGCUAUCGGCUAGUACAGUCAAGCAGGGGUCUAAAAACACAUCAAAGCAUGUACGCUUACCACCCAUCAAGAUUCUGCAGGAAAGACAUUAAAAGGUGAGGUUCUCUCCCUAUUUACGACAACCGCA